AUGUAUAAAUAUAUUUUAGAGUCAUCAUGUCAAAACUGCCAUUUCAAAACUGAUCCAUCGACGGAUAAAGGUCACUACGAAUCGCCUGGCUUUCCUAACAAUUAUGCUAAAGGUGGCGUUUGCUCCUGGAAAAUCAGCGCGCCAUCUGGUGCUGGUCAAGACAACAAGAGGAUCAAGAUUACAAUAAAUAAGUUAGACAUCAAAAAAGGAGAUGAGGUGAUAAUAUGGGAUGGCCCAUCCUGCGAUGACGAUGACAUACUCCCGUCUAUUUCACUGAAGGAAUAUUCAAAAAGUAUUCCUGGGACAGACAUUGUAUUUAGCAUGGAGUUUGAUGUUUGUGUGGAGUUAAAACGACCCUCCUCUUCUGACCGAGCGGCAGGAAUAUCAUUUGAUUGGGAGACAAUUCCUGGUUGUGGAGGUACUGUCUCAAAAACCACAGAUAUCUUGACUCCAAGAUAUCCUACAUUUCCGUAUGUACCAGAGCUCGAACCUUGUGAUUGGUCAUUCAAAAUGGGAACAGGACAGAAAAUGCUGUUCGAAUUUCAAGAAUUUAAGCUGAGGGGGCCUAGUUUAUUCAUUGAUUGUGACAUUGAUUGGAUGAUUUUGAAAGGAAUAGAUGGAUUCCAAAAUAAUCAAAAGUUAUGUGGAGAAAGGAAAAAUCUUGGGCCGUAUAAAAGCACAGGCAAUACAGCAGAGAUGAUUUUCAGAAGUCAAUUAGAUCUUAUUGACCUUAUUCCCAAAAAAGGAUUUUGGAUACGUGUUACAAGUCUAGGUUGUUCGUCAGAUGAUUUCUACAUCCCACACAGUAUACAUACGAACCCUGGAACGUUUUAUGAUACUGGGUACGUGGCUAAGGUGAGAUGUAAAGAGGGGUACCAGUUUAACGAUGAUUACGAUGAGACAACCUUAGAAUGCCAAGCAGAUCAAAAAUGGAAGGGGACCAUAAGAGUUUGCAUGCCUAAACAAUGUGGUGAUGUCCCAAAUGUAUCAAAUGGUAAAGUCAAAGCAACAAGUGGCAAUGACGUUGGCUCAGUAGCCACCUAUACGUGCGAUAUAGGCUACAAUUUAGUGGGAGAAGCAACACGAACGUGUCAGCCUGAUCAGACUUGGAGUGGCACUACUCCACAGUGUCAAGGAGGGGGUAAGACGGCGUGUGGCAAUCCCGGAGCACCUGCUAAUGGCGCUAUUAUUGGCAAUAACUUUAACUUUGGACAGACGGUCAAAUUUGUCUGUAAUAUUGGGUACGAGUUGGCUGGACAGGACAGUCUGACGUGUCAACAGGAUGGCACCUGGAAUGGGGACAGGCCUACCUGCACGCUGGUUCAAUGUGAUAUCCAGGAAGUGUCAACUCCUCCAUUAAACGGAAACGUCAGAGUAGAUGGCUCAAAAUUCGGUGAUGUCGCCAUCUAUACAUGUAAUCCUGGUUAUAUAUUGGUUGGAGAUAAUCGGAUUUGCGACUCAGAUGGCACAUGGACAGGAUCGACACCCCAAUGCAUUUCUGAAAUCAUUGGCACUGAAUGUCCUAUACCAACCACGAGGGCCUACUCCAGUGUGACUUACAAUGGCCUGGUAAUUGGAAGUAUAGCGACCUACACAUGUUUCUAUGGUUAUACUUUGGAUGGUCUAGAGCAGAGAACUUGUUUACCCUCUGGAGAAUGGUCAGGCUUGGCACCAUUUUGUUCACGAAAUGAAACUGCAACAAGGCCACCACCAAGGACUGGGGGCCAAACUGAUGUUCAAAAAGCUAAAACAGUUGGCAUAGUCGUCGGCGUUGUCAUCCCAGUCGUUGUGCUUGUUUCUUUGACAGCUGGAUUCCUGAUAUACAAGAGGAGAAAUAGUAUACCUCCAAAUCAACAUGGAGUGGAAAACCCUACAUAUGACUCUCAACCGAAAACUUAAGCUAAACUACAAUCACACACACUGUCGCAGAUAAACAAUAUGGACGACUAUAUGUAUUAGGCGUAUAUACAUUACUAAAUCGAUAAACUACCCUGUCACCCAUGCCUUUAUCCACGCUUGUUCAAUUGAGUUCGCUUGUUCAGUGAUGUCAGAGUCUUGUUACCUUUCUGAAUGUUUUACAUGGG